AUGAAGUUCACCCUCUACCUCAGCGCCCUCACAGCGCUCCUCACCCCCAUAACCGCCCAGAAACUCUCCGGUUCAGCACAAGGUUUUGCACAAGGUGUAACAGGCGGUGGUUCCGCUGCAGUAGUUACGCCCAAGAAUAUUCAAGAGCUGGUGACUUAUCUCACCGAUAAGACGCCCCGCGUUAUUGUCCUUGAUCGAACAUACGACUUUAUCGAUUCAGAGGGUACAGUUAAAGAGAAGGGAUGUGCGCCGUGGAAGACUGGUGCAGGAUGUCAGUUGGCUAUCAACGCAGCUGGGAAUUGGUGUGGUGAUAAUCCUAAGGUCGAUGUUACGUACAGCAAGGCGGGGACGAGUGGGAUUAACGUUGCUUCUGAUAGACGAUUAUCGGGGUUGGGAAUAAGGGUAUCAUCAAGGGGAAGGGAUUGCGAUUUGUUAAUGUCAGAACAUUAUUGUUCAAAACAUCAUAUCACGAACUUGACCCCUCAGUAUGUCUGGGGCGGUGAUGCUUUCACCUUCUCCGGCACGAGCAAGAUCUGGAUUGAUCACUGCACCACAUCUCUACUUGGUCGCCAGCACUACGUCUUUGGCCGCGAUAAGAGCACUGGCAUCACCCUCUCCAACAAUCACAUCGACGGCCGUACACAGUGGUCCGCUGGCUGCGAUGGCUACCACUACUGGACCAUCGAGAUGGUCGGCCAGGGCGAUCAAAUCACCCUCCAGAACAACCUUAUCGAGCACACCGCAGGCCGUGGCCCAGCCCUCUCAGCAACAACUUUCCUCCACGCCGUCAACAACGUCUGGCGCGACAUCAACGGCCACGCCAUCGAAGGUGACACUGCCGGCAAGGGUCUUUUCGAGGGCAACGUCUUCCAGAACGUCAAGCAAGUCGUCGUCCCCGAUUUCAAGGGCCAGCUUAACAGUUGUCCUGAUAACGCUGCUGCUAGCGCUACGAAGCAGUACCUAGGUCGCGUGUGCCAGGGUAAUAUCUUCAUUUCGUCUAGUGCAUUUAACAGGAAGGAUACGGGCUUUAUGUCGGAGUUCAAGGGGUUGCCUAUUGCGAGGUCUACGCAGGCUACUACCGCGCAGAGCAAAGUUCCUGGAAACGCUGGAUUUGGAAAGAUCUGA